AUGGACGUUGAGGAAUAUUUCCCGGAAAGUAUUUCGGAAAUUCAUUGUGACGAAUCAAGAAAAGAUGAGACAACUCUUUUGGGCAGUUUACAUUGUCAUAUUUGCUAUCAAGAAUUGGGUGAUUUGAAUCCAGUCAAACAUUUUAAACCGUGCAAGUGUUCAAGGUAAUUUUCUGGUUUUCUUCAAUUGAAAUCUUGAUUUUUAAGAAUCUACGUUCAUCGAAAUUGCGCAAAUCAAAAAUCUGAAGAAUCUUCUGCUUGCAGUAUGUGUGGAUCAUCAAAUACAUUAUCAAGAAUAAAACCAAAAGGCAAAAAUCAAGAUGAAGUUUGCAUAAUUUGCAAGAAAUCUUCGAAGGAAAUUGUUCAAUCACAUAUGAUUCAACCAUGUUUUUGCGGGUAAUUGUGAAAGAAUUCUUCCAAAAAAAACAUGAUGAUGAAUUUUCAGAGUUUCUGCCCAUUACGAUUGUUUGAUCCCAUUGCUCGACAACAAAAGUUCGUGUAACAAUUGUGGUGUCUCAUAUCAAGUUUUCAAAAAAGCACCAGUUAGCAGUUUCUUGCGUCAACAUAUCUGCCACUUUAUUUGUUUCAUAGUAUUUUUGAUAGUUUUGGUUGGACUUUGUGGAUUGGCUGUUUCGAAUUCUUAUUUGAUCACAAAACGAACUGAUUCGAGAAGUAUAUGUAAGUGAUUUUAUUUUACUAACAAGGGAAAGUUCUGAAAUUUUGAUGAAACAUAUCGAAUUGUACCAAAUCGACCAUGCUGAUCACGAUUCCGAAGUCAAAAAUUGCCAAAAAUGCCUGUGAGCACUUUUCUGGAGCAGUAAAGUUGGAAUUGGAAUUGAGUUCUGGUUUUCGUCGAUUUUCACCAUUUCCCGGGUUAAAAAUGAACGAAAACCUGUAAGCUUUUUAGUUUUUGAAAAAUGUAAUUUGCUAUUUGAUAUUUUUCAAAAACUAAAAAGCUUACAGGUUUUCGUUGAUUUUUAACCCGGGAAAUGGUGAAAAUCGACGAAAACCAGAACUCAAUUCCAAUUCCAACUUUAGAGCUCCAGAAAAAUGCCCACAGGCAUUUUUGGCAAUUUUUGACUUCGGAAUCGUGAUCAGCAUGGUCGAUUUGGUACAUUUCGAUAUGUUUCAUCAAAAUUCCUUCUAACAAUUUAAAAAAUCGGAUUUUCCAGUGUUCACAGCCUGGUCAUUAUUACUUCUCAUUUCAAUGAUUGGAAUUGUCAUCAUGAUAAUUCGAUACACAAUAAAUGUAGCAUUUCCAAGAUAUCAAGUUGAAUUUGGAAGUGUAACAGUGCAUCCAUCACAAUCAAGAAUUCUGCCAAAAGAUUCGAUAACUCAUCGAAAAUUUGCUGGAGCUGUUGUAAUGUCAGAUAUUGUUCGUAUCGAAACUGGUCUUUCUGUAAUACCCGAAGAAGAUGAGGAAAAAUCAGAUUCUGGACGUCUUGAUCUAACCCUCGGCCAACAUUUAUUUGGUAUCAUUUCAGUGCCAAAUGGACAUACGUCAUCAACACCAAUUGAAGAUUCUUGCGGUGAAGAAAAGUUCAAAUUUUAA